CAAUUCUCGUAAAAAAAACACCCAAGCCCAUUCUAAUGAAAACAAAGUUGAAUUGAAAGUAUCACUGAACUCGCUCUCGCUCGCUCGCGUUCAACUGGCCAUAAAGAAGCUAUAACCUUACCGGAAAAGCUGACGGAGUUGGUCGUCGUCGUAUCAAGAAACACCGUCGGAAACAGUUAGAAAGUUCAGUUGAGUAAUAGGUAGGAAGUUCGUUGGGAGAAUGUCGUCGACUUUGCUGGAAGUGACUCGGUCGGGGCACGAGGAGGUGGAGCGGUUUGAGAGAUUGAUAGCGAAGGAUCUUCAGAAUGAUCCCACAUCCAACAAGGACCGUUUGUUUCGGAGUCACCGUGUUAGAAAUAUGAUCGACACCAUCACCUCGACCACUGAAAGGCUGAUUGAGAUCUAUGACGACAAAGACAAUGCAAGGAAGGACGAGAUUGCUGCACUGGGAGGACAAACUGCUACUGGAAUUAAUGUUUUCAGUGCCUUCUAUGAUAGACUCAAAGAGAUACGAGAGUAUCAUAGGAAGCACCCAGUUGCACGUGUUGUUGAUGCCAAUGAUGAUCUUGAAGCCCUUCUUAAAGAGGAACCUCAAAUUGAGUUCAGCGGAGAGGAAGCUUUUGGUCGAUAUUUAGACAUGCAUGAAUUAUAUCAACAGUAUGUCAAUUCUAAGUUUGGAGAGCCAAUUGAGUAUUCUGCAUACCUUGAUAUCUUUUCUGAAACAGAUAAGAUUCCACGCAAAAUGAAAACGACCAGGCAGUACAGGGAAUACUUGGAGAAUCUUUUGGAGUAUAUGAUAUAUUUUUUCCAGCGGACAGAACCCCUGAAAGAUCUUGAUCGAAUCUUUUCAAAGGUAACAACCGAGUUUGAAGAAAAUUGGGCUACUGGAAAGGUACUGGGAUGGGAGAAUGUCAAUCAGGAGAAUGGACAUGUACCUACUGAGCACACUUCAAUUGAUCUUGAUUAUUACAGUACAGUUGAAGAGCUUAUGGAAGUGGGUCCUGAAAGGUUAAAGGAGGCGCUGGCUGCAUUGGGACUUAAGACUGGCGGCACUAUUCAGCAACGUGCAGAAAGGCUCUUCCUCACAAAGCAUACUCCUCUUGAUAAGUUGGACAAGAAGCAUUUUGCCAAAGGGGCACGUGGUUUAGAAAAAAACGGGGUGGCUUCUGCUCCACAAGAAGGAAAUUUAAAAGAAAUUGCAUUAAUGGAGGCCAAACUGAAUAAACUGUGUGAUUUGUUAGAUGAGACAAUUCUUCGAACAAAAGACAAUGUUGUAAAGAAGCAAGCCCUAACAUAUGAAGAAAUUGAAGCAGAACGCCUGGAGGAAGAGACACAGGAGGACUCUGAAAGUGAAGAUGAUGAGCAGCAGAUUUAUAAUCCCUUAAAAUUACCAAUGGGAUGGGAUGGGAAGCCCAUACCUUACUGGCUGUAUAAGCUACAUGGUCUGGGUCAGGAAUUUAAGUGUGAGAUAUGUGGGAACUACAGUUAUUGGGGGCGUCGCGCUUUUGAACGACAUUUUAAAGAAUGGCGUCACCAACAUGGGAUGCGGUGCCUUGGUAUACCAAAUACAAAGAACUUCAAUGAAAUCACAUCAAUUGAGGAAGCAAAGGAGCUCUGGAAGAAGAUACAGCAGAGACAAGGAGUGAACAAGUGGCGCCCAGAUCUAGAGGAAGAGUACGAAGACAAAGAAGGCAACAUCUAUAAUAAGAAGACAUACACUGAUUUACAGCGCCAGGGACUGAUAUGAAAAAGAAGCAAUGUCGAGGAAUCUUCUUUCCGAUUCUUCUACUAGUAAAAAUAGAAAAGAUAAAAAAAAAAUCCUCUUUUUACUUCAUCUAUGAAGUGGAAGCAAUUUGUUUUCAGCAGGUUUAAUAGAGGAAUGGUUGUAUCUUAAGCAAAAUAUUUAGCCCUACUAUGGGUGAAGAGUGGGAAGAGACAAGGAGCUGUAUGUUAUGAGUUGUGCUGCACUUUUUUGAGUAACUGUGAAUUUGUGAUUGAUAUCCUAACAAGACUGGAAAAGAAACAAAGGUUCUAA